AUGGCUGGCCUCUUCACUUGGUUAUGGGACUGGUUACUGUGGCUCUUCUGGGCCACUGAAAUGGAUGUCACCAUAGUCGGCCUACAGAAUGCGGGAAAGACAUCUCUUGUGCGCGUCUUAGCAGGACAAGAAUUCACGGUUGACUCAAUACCAACUGUCGCAUUUAACAAGAAAGAAGUCAAGAAGGGUCAUGUCUCGAUCCGAUGCUGGGAUCUAGGCGGUCAAGUCAAAUUUCGCAAUAUGUGGGAGCGGUACUGCCGAGACGUCAAUGCCAUUAUCUUUGUCGUUGAUGCCGCCGAUCGCGAUAGCAUGCCUGUGGCAAAGGAUGAGCUGCAUACAUUGCUCGCGAACGAGUCGCUCGCAUCUAUUCCUUUGCUUGUCUUGGCAAACAAGUCUGAUCUUAGACAGAAGAUGACUGUCGACGAAGUGAUUGAGGCUUUGAAUCUGAAGAAAGUUACGCACAGGGAAAUCAGCUGCUAUGGAGUAAGUGCAAAGGAGGAGACCAACCUCGAGGCUGUAUUGCAGUGGCUGGUAGCGAGGUCAGGAAAGUGA